AUGGUUAACACAGAGAAGGACACCUCUGCGCCACAGAAGGAACCGUCAAAACCCAUUAAAUAUAUCAGUCUUGGUCUGUUGGUGUUACAAAAUGCGAUUCUCAUCUUGGUUAUGCGAUACACAAGAACAACGAAGACGGUCGAAGGACACAUGUACCUGGCUUCCACCGCUGUUGUCACGACCGAAGUCAUAAAACUUGCGACAUGUCUAUUAGUAGUCCUCCUGCAAUCUCGAUUCCAUAUUGGCACCUUUCUAUCAUACCUGUACAACACGAUUAUAGCAAAUCCCAUGGACACAUUGAAAGUGGUAUCUGUACCAGCUCUUGCUUACACACUGCAGAAUAAUUUAAUAUAUUCAGCAUUGUCUCACUUGAGUGCAACUACGUUUCAUGUGGCAAUGCAACUGAAGAUAUUAACAACAGCUGUGUUUUAUGUUCUGUGGUUAAAGAAAACUCUCGGUCGUGUACAGUGGUUAUCAAUCUUUAUUGCGUUUAUUGGUGUUGUUAUCGUACAGGUACAGUCUACGGACCCAAAUGAACAACUCAUUGCGGCACAUAUCGAGCAGAAUUAUCUUUUCGGUCUGUCUGCCGUCCUUGUCAUGUGUCUUUCAUCUGGGUUUGCGGCUGUUUAUUUGGAGAAAAUUCUGAAGGAAACGGCAGGAUCUGUGUGGCUUAGAAAUAUACAACUUGGGAUUUAUGGGGUGUCGUUUAGUUUGGUUGCCAUGUGGCUAAAAGACGGAGCAGAAAUCAGUGAGAAGGGUUUUUUCCACGGAUAUACUCCCCUGGUAUGGUUUGUUGCGUGUUGGCAAGCAUUUGGAGGGCUGUUAGUUGCAAUCGUUGUGAAAUAUGCGGAUAAUAUUCUUAAAGUAUUUGCAACAUCUGUCGCCCUUUUGAUUUCCACAGUAGUGUCUGUGCUUAUGUUUGGCUUUCUCAUCAACAUUCAAUUUUGUAUAGGAUCCGGUCUUAUUAUCUUCUCGGUAUUUCUGUACACUCAGCGUGUGAUGUAA